UUGAUUUAAAAGAUGUUUAAUUAAAAAAUUAGAUUAAACAAUUUUUUAAAAGUAUUCUUUCACCGAAAUAGAUACUACUAUAUUAAGUUAGGAAAUAUUCAUAUAAUUUAGAUACAGAUUGCUAUAUUUUUAGCUAUUAGAUUAAAUGCAUGCCAAAAAAAAUUACUGAUCUUAUGUUUCCUUUUAUUAGAUGAGUUUUACUUUAAAUUCAUUCAAAAUAAUAUGUCGUUAAAUAGCUAUCAACAUUAUUUGCCUUCGUAUAUGAUCAGUCAAUCAAAGCUAGUUUCGUUUAAAGAGCCGAGCGGAUGAUCGUAAAUGACGACGUAGGAAAUAGUUUAAUACCUUUUUCUUGGUGGUACAACAUCUGAAAAACAAUAGACUGCAGAUCUAAUACGGCAUUUGGUUUUGAAUAUGAUUAUAUAAUUUGAGUUCUGGCUUAAACUUAUACAGAUUUAUUUCGAAAAAUAUAUUUCGCUUGGGAGGAGUAAUUAUAGAAUUCUACUUUGUUGGUUUUUCUUUUUUUUUCAGCUAUUUCCAGCAAAAAGUGCAUCAUCCGAUUCAAAUUUACGAAGUCAUUUAGGACAUAUUCAUAAACUUAAAGAGUUUCUUUAUCCUUCUCAGCGAAAUCCAAAACCAUUAAAAGAACAAAAAGUAUCUUUUCAACAUAAAAACAAUCUAGAUUCAGCUGCUAUUAAUGCAAUUAUACAAGAUUCUCAUAUCUUUAAUCUCUUUCGAAAACCUGGCAUGAAAAAGUUUCUGUCAUUGGCUACACCUGGUUAUCGUGGUCCAAAUAGACGAACGGUUGUUAAACGUUUAAAAUCUAUGUAUAAACAACGUCGAUCAUCAAUUCGACAAGAAUUAUCUAUUGUUUCCGAUAUUGCUUUAUCAGUCGAUCUUUGGCAAAGUGUUCGUCGUGCCCAUUUCAUAUGUUUAUCUGCUCAUUAUUAUGAUAAACACUACAAACCACAUUUUAGUAUUAUUGUAUUUCGAAGAUUCAUUGGCACUCAUUCUGGUGAUCGACUUGAAGAUUUUAUAAUUAAUGAAAUGGAAAAGCUUGGUAUACAAUCAAAAAUAUGUUCUUUAACAACAGAUAAUGGAAGUGAUAUACGAUUAGCAUCACAAAACAAAUCAAAAUUUGGAAUAAGAAUUUCCUGUUUCUUACACAUUUUAAACUUGGUUGUUCGUAAUGGACUUUGGUUCUUUGAUAUACCAGUAAAAAAAAGGUAGGAGAUCGUUUAUUUACAGAAAAUAUGCAGGCAGAGACAUGAGAUAAUAGGAAAAAUGGAUAAUGAUAUUAGAAUCAUUUUUUUUGCAUAAUAUAAAUAAUCAAAAAAAUUUUAUACCAUCAUGAUUUUUGACGCUAAUAGAUUUUUAAACAAGUUUAGAAUUUUGUUGCGCAUCAGUAAAAAAUUAGUCUUAUUGAGUGGUGCUAUAUUUAGACAUUUACAUCAAUUGCAUUACAAGAUGCAGAUAAAUAUCGAUAUUUUUGCUAGCCGAAUGUGUUUUACGUCUAUAAUUGAUUCAAAUCUUUCAUAUAGUGUUACCGCAACUAAACUUGCGUUUCGUCUAUAGAGAAAAUGGCAUAGUAGAAGGUUCAUAAGAACCUUUAUUUAAUAAUCUACGUAUAAAAUAAUAGUUUUUCAAAUUUAUUCAUUUUUUUUAUGUCUGUCAAAGAAGAAACAGAUAAUUAAAUGACAAAAAUUUGUUUAAUAUUAGUUCUGUCUAAACAUAAUCGAAUCAUAUUAAACUGAAUUAAAAUAUGAAAUUUUCUUCAGGAUGCAAGAAAAGAUCAUUGAAAUCAAUAAAAUCUAUAUACGAGAGAGUUUUAACACCAAAACUGCUUAUUUCAUAGUUGAUUUAUUCAAAUAGCUUUCGUUUUAUCAUAUUAGGAUCUUCAUAAAUGUCUCAAAACUUUUCUUCUAUUCAAUUCACCAAAUUUUAAUACAAAGCUAAAAGAGACUUUCAUGAAGCAGUCUAUUGAGCGUUAAUUUAUUCACUUACGGUUAGUGAAUGAACGGGUGCCUUGAAGAAAUGAGAGAAAACAGAGAAUAAUUGGAUGAAUGAAUAUUUA